AUGUUGUUGAUCGAGACCAGAAUUGACCGCUUGUGCCCUACCCGAUCUGCUAUUUACAAUGAGAACCCUUCCAUUGACGACGAGAUUAAGGAUCUGACAACGCAUGUACAAGAGCAUGUCGAAAAGCUCUUGUCGACUCUUAAUGCGAGAGCAUCGCUACUCUUGAAAGCCGAACGACGUGAACUGGCCCUGAACGAUGCGCUCGCUAUGAUGUGUAUAGCACCUUCUUCACCCUUGGGCUCUCUCUGUGCAAGUGGGAUUGAAACGCUUCGAGGACAGUACGCGUCAGCCAUCAAGUUGUAUGGUUAUGGAUUGAAAAAAGUACCACGCUCUCACCCACAAUAUGAACAACUUGUCAAAGCACGAGCAGCAGCAGAGGACAUGAACAACAAGCGUAUUGAUUUCAUCAGCAAAUUGCCAUUGGAUAUCGUGACACAGAAUAUCGUUCCAAGGUUACUGCAAAAUGAAACGACGAUUCAUGUGGAGAACCCAUCCAGCUAUUUUGAUGUGUGUCGAACAUGGCGACAACGAAUGGCGGCAGCGAAUGGAUUGGAUUUUGAAAUUGGACCUGAAGAUUUAUCAGUGGAGGGAUUUUUACGUGUAUGGGAUAUGGCACCUUUUUUGCGAUCAUUGACAGUCAUGCAGCCCUAUGAAGAGUUCUUAUCCAAAAUCACCAAACGGCGUGGCAACUUUAGGAUGUUGAAAAAGUUGCAUAUCUAUGAAUCUAUCGAACGAGGAUACGAUCUUCUGCUUUCAUCUUUACGAUCAUUAAGCAACACGUUGACGGAGCUGGAGAUUGAAUAUGGACAUCGUACAACACCCAAGCAGCGUUAUCGACUAUGCGAUCUCGUGGACGCAUGCCCCAAUCUUGUAUCAAUACGCGUGGAUAGUGGAGAUAUCGACAUGUCAUCCGUUACCAAGACAUACCCAAAUCUUAAAAAGUUGGAGUUGAGCACGAAGGAUCCCGAAGUAAACGAAGGCAACAUCCCAUCCCUUUUACGACCAUUUCCUCAAUUACGUGCCUUGAAGCUGCUGCCUGUAUCAGGCUCGGAGAUUUUUUCAGCCAUUGACCAACAUUGCCCACUAUUACAACACCUGAUCUUGUCGAAUGGUCCUGUGCAAUUUCCUGAUAUCGUGGACAUGCCAGCGAAAAGAGGGUUACGUGCCUUGAGUGUUCCCACCAGUGGCCGUCUUGGAGACUUUAAGGAGGGUGACAUGGUGCAAUACGUGAUGAAACACAGUGAAACGAUCGAGGUGUUUGAUGUUGGAAAAAGUUUUGGAUAUUAUGCACCCAUUGGUUCAUUGCAGCAGGAAGCGAGACAACAAGCAACAUUCAGACAAUUGCGCCAAAUCGCCUAUCCUUUUGAUGCUGAAGAAGGCCUUGUUACGUUUAUAUUGUGGAUGAUGCAACGUGCACCUCAUUUGGAAUCGAUCGAAACUGUUGCUGGUCCUCAACAAACACGCAUCAUGCAAGAGCUGCUUAAACCUACCCAUUCCAAUCUCAAGCGACUUGGUAUGCAAGCAAGCCCUUCUAUAUUGGAGGAUGAGAAGCGAUUGAUACAACAUCAUUUGGAUCUUGGACAGCAAUCGAAUCUGACAGAAAUGAAGAUUGAACUCUCAAAGGACCUUCUUGACCAACCAUCAUUCAUAUCAAUGAUUCCUGGAUUAACACAGCUAACCAAGCUUGAAUUAUACACCAUAUCGGGAUGUCCUCUCCGUUUCUGGAAGUCCACCCUGGAACAACUGGCUACUGGAUGCCCUGCCCUGGAACAGCUCACAGUGACAACAACCAAAAGGAGCGAGACUGUGUUUUUAAGUGAAAUUUGUUACGUAUCUUCUCAUCCAAACCUCAAACGGAUCAUCAUCGAUGCCACGGAGGUGUGCGGUGAUGCAUUGGAAUUUUGCGAGCUUUUCCCGAACCUCGAAUCACUGCAUCUCAACGUUGAGUCGUAUACCUUGGAUGACUUUGAUUGCUUAGACGAAGCACCCUUUAAAUUCGUAUUUACCCAAAAAAAGCCUGAACGUCUCCUUCUCUUGUUCUAA